UUUUCAGUGAAGGACUUUGUGCCUUUCUGAGUUCAACUGAAAUGAGCAAAUUCGAUCCUCCGCAGUUGCCGCUGCUGUUCCCUUUCCAGCUUCCACUCGGGGCGUCUUCCGGUGCUCAGCUGACUGUCGCUGGGCGCAGAGUGUGUCGAGUGGGUUUUUUCUCGCCUUCUUUCUGGGGCGUUUCCAACGAUGACUUCGCCUUCCGUCUUUCCAGGAGGACGUUCGCUCGGAUUCCUCUUCGUAGACUCAAAUCACCAACAGUAUCCACGAACAGCCGAACGCGGGGUACGGGAGCUGGUCCCCCGGGUCCGCACAGAGCCUCGGUCGCGGAGCAUUGGCGCUUCUUCAACUGUUGCGGCGAAAGCCGAAACGGACAGGAAACGGAGCCAGACGGCCUCGGAGGUUUCGCAGACUGUCAAGAAUGUGGACGCUCCGAGCUCCACAAUCUCCAACGGCCGCCUCCUCGAACAAGUCGAAGCGUUCCUUUCUCAGGCUUGUCCGGGAGAGAAAACCAAAGGUGGAGGCUUCACAGAAGGCGACAGUGCCAAGAAACAAGCUGAUCAGCAGCAACAGGCUCUCGCCUACCUACAGGCGCUUCUACAGAUUCAACUUGCCCUCAAAGAGGAACAAGAAAUGAUGUCAAACCACGCUUCCCCACCUCCCAAACAGCAAAAGGAAGGAAAAUCCGCAGCAGAUCCGUCAGAGACCCCCCGUACUCUCCUCAAGGAAUACCAUCGAGAAUUCCAGGCCAUGAACGAAAGCUGCAAGUCUCUGAAGGAAGAAAGAGUCGCGCUCAAAAAAUGGCACAACAAAGUCAUGGAGGAGUACCAAGAGUUGGAUGGGAGCCUGCAAACAAUCUUGAACCAAGUUGAGGAAAUGCAGGCCAAACAACAAAUCGACGCCAAUGCAAACUGGGUGCUCGUUCACUUCGUUGUGAGCGCCGUCCGUCUUCUUGUUGAAGCUUCGACGCACAGACAGAACGUCGACAAACUCCUCGCCGAACUCAGUCGCUUGUUCGACGCACACAGCGUGUCUCUGCAGAACUCGAGCCUUGCAAGCUGGUGUGCGCGUCUGAGGGACAUGUUGGCGCUGGAAGGCGAGGGCGCAGAGACGCGCAGACUGCAGCUAGCAGGAGCAGAAGCUGCAGCAUCCGCCUCUGCGGCUCCGCGUCUCGGCCAGGCUCACCCUGCUGAGAGCAACGCGAAGCCUCAGCACGCAGCCUCCCGACAGCAGGAGACGCCGGGGUCUCUGCGGAAAGGAGACAGUCCCUCCGUGAAGAAGGCCGAGGAUGGAAAGAAGGAGAAGAAUGCGCAGCUGUCGUGGGGAGGACCUCUCGCCGCAGAGAGACCAGCGGCCCAGACGAGCAGUCGACGGAGAUCAGAUAUGCCGGGGCGAAGCUCGCAAACUACUCGCCUAGAACUCGCACCCAUCCCAGGAAGAGCUGACAGCGAUGGCCGCCUCUCGCGCAGCUUCGACCACGAACCUGCUCUGCUCGGCAGCGCUCGCAGACGCAGCGCAACUGCUCUCGGAGACGGAGCCUUUUCGUUGGCAGCUCAAUUCGCCGUCGCUGCGAGAGCUCCCGCACCCAGCGAAGAACACAAACCUGUAGUCCUUCCGGAUGUGGCGGGAGAGACGCCGCGCGAUCCUCUUGCACCUGAAGACUGCUCUCCUGCCUUCUUGGCUGUCGAGACAGCCGCGGCCCCGGGCACUCUGGAGAGCUCGGAAUCGAUUGAGUUCGGCGGACCGUCCUGCGCGUCCUGUGGGCUGUUCAGACACUGGGCGUCGCCGGAGAAGGUGGACAGGAAGGAUUCCGCGUUUGGCCCCGAGGGCAGCGCGGGAGGCUUUAAGAGAGUGGAGAGCCGCGAGGCGAGGAGCCUCCGAGAGAAGGCGAAGUCGACGGCGAAGACAGCGUCGUGGAGUCCAUCUCUGGAGAGUCAAGUGCAGAAGCGGGAUGCGACUUCUCAGUUUGAGCGGGACCUGCAGACGCGCCUGGAGAUGCUUCUGGAGACUCCGCAGGUCCGGCCGUGUGCAACGAAGAGCGGAAUCGACGACACCGGCGCGGGGGCCGACGCAGGAGUGUUGAGAGAGAACUCGUUCGCCUCCUGCGACCUCCCAGCUUCGGCGGAAUUGUCUGCAACAGCCUCUUUCGCGACGGAGUUGCUGCAUCGCGCGAACUCGUUCUCGCUGUCCGUCUCCGACGUCCGGCGAGUCCUGGGAGAGGCUCUAGGCCUUGGAGCAGACGGCCGACCCGCCAAAGGCGUUGCUUCAGGUGUGCAGACACUCCAGAGUUGGACCUCGCUGCGCUGUUUGCCGCCGACGCCGUCGCCGACGCGAAUCGGUACGACCGAGACGACGUUGUCGCUGCUCCUCGCGCAUGCAGACUCGAGCGAAAAUUUAAAGUGCACGACGGCUCCCAGGCAAGGAUCUGACAGAAGCGGCGAUUCCAGCAGUGUCCGAGGCGAGGCCAGCUGCGCCUCUGCCACCAGCGGGGUGUCUAGACACAGCGAAGGAAGCGCAGGGCGCCAGGCGGCGUCGACUUGCGUUGACGUCGUGCCUUCCGGAAUACCGGGAUUUCCAGGGUGGACCAAGUGCUGCGUUGCGGAGCGCUCGUUUUCGAGCGAGAGCGGCAGGACCUCGUUCGAAAGCGGCCUUUUCACACCGAAGCCUUCGCGAGUGGACGACGCGAAGAGUUCAGCUCGCGAGAAUGACUUGCAUGCAGAGGGUGUCGACCUGGUCGCCGUCUAUAAGGCGAUCCUCGCGCUGGAGAGGCAAGAAGAAGAAGCCAAGGCGAACGAGAGAGGCAACAAAGCGACAAGUGCUCAGGAAGGAGGCAUCUCCGCGGAGCAAGUCAAGCAGAUGGUGGACUCUCUCUGGAGGCAGAUGUCGUCGCCUCUCGCAGCUGUCAAAGAGACUCCGAAAGAGACAGCGAAAGAACGCACUCAAGAAGCUGUCAAAGAGACUCCGAAAGAGACACCGAAAGAACGCACUCAAGAAGCUGUCAAAGCGCCGGCGAAGGGAAGCCGUAAAGGAAGUCUCAAAGAGAGCGUGAAGAAGGAAGAACGCGGGGAAGCGCAUGCGGCAUCGAAUCCAGCGCCCUGCCUCGCUUUCGAGUCUUUCGAGUCUCCCGUCGCGACCUUGGGAGGGCAGGAAGAGAGCGAAGAGACGACGAACGCGUCGGGGACUCCCUCCGUGUCUUCAAGUCGCAAGAAGAUUUCGAAGGCUCCGCAGUUUUUUGUGCACCCGUCGUUCGUCUCUGCGGCCUCGCUCGGCUCUCGCGUCGACUCGAAGAAGCCCAGGAGCUUCUACGUUGUUCCAGGUUCGGAGAAACGACUGGGUCCAGCCUUCCAGGCGCCCUCGGCCGUCUUCCCGCACAUGGUGCCUGUCCGCGAGAGUGGCUCGGUGCUGCAGCGUCACUCGGCUGUCGAAGGUCCAGUCCUCACGACAGUGCCUUGCGGCUCCGUCGCGCCAGUCGCGCUUCCUUCCUCGAACGGAUCCUUUGCCGUUCGACCGGCUCCCAGCUACGUUCUGCCGCCCGGCGUCGCGCCUCCGGUGUUUGCGUACCCCCUAGGAAACGUCCCUGCCUCCCUUCUGAACGCGUACUACAGCGCUCCCUCCUCCGUCCCGGUUGUCUUCAACCUCAUGCCUCUGGGCGCCUGCGCGGCAAAAUCCGAAAAGCUGUGUAUGCAGCGCUCGACUUCCUCCGAAGUCUCCUCGGACACAGCCUACUUCGUCUCGCGUGCGAAGGAGGAGGCGACGCGCGACGAGAAACAGCCAGCCGGCGAGACAGCGGAGACGGACAGGGCCUCUUCGGCGGAGCUCCUCGCAACGAAGCAGAGUGUGGAUCACUUCUUCGCCCUGCCGCCUCACCUGCAGAAAAAAGAAGCCGAGCCAGCGCUCGCGCCCCUCCCAGGAGACGCCGACGACCUUCCCUCGACUUUCACAGACAGCUCACGAACGCGUGAGGCAACCUGGUGCUGCCGAGGUCGAGUCUGUGGCGAGCGCCGCGGCAGCUGAGAAGCGAACGACUGGACGAGGUGCAACGCAGCGCAAGCAAGAGGAGAGAACAGGAAUCGGUGGACCGGAAGAGAAGGAAAAAAGAGCUAGAACGAACGAGAAAGGAAGAAACGCACAUGGGGACGCAGCGUGAAACAGACAAGUGGACGGAGGUUGGGCUUUCUCUUGGCUGCAAAACGCCUGCACGCAUGGAUGCGGCAGGCGAAGGAGGGAGAGACCGUUCGAGAGCUGCGGCUUCACAGACACAGGAGAGGCGCAUGGACAGGCGACGAAGCUGCGCGAGAAGCGGUGAAAGGAAGAGAAGAGCAGAAAGUGAAGGACAGAAAGGGAAAAGGCAAAAGGAGAGAGGAUAAAGAGAAGAGAAAAGGUGGAACUGGAAAACGGAGCGC